AUGGCCUUACGCCCAGCAGCGCUGGCGCUGAGCGCGACCAGCCCGCUGCUUCGGCGGGCUGUGAUGCAGCCCGCAGUGAUGCAAUCGGUCUUCCGGCUUGCGACUGCUUCCGCCUCGUCCGCUCGCCCGGUCGUCCCCUUCACGAGAACUCCCGGCCUGGGACUCGCCCUUCAGCAACACCAACAACGCCUCUUCGGAACGAACCAACCCAUCUCGCGCAACCUCCUCGCUAGCCGGGAGGCUGCGGCCAACAGGAACCCCGGCAGCGCGACCGCACAGAACGCAUUCUACCAGCUUCUCCUCAAGGCCAACAUGCCCGCCAUCGUCAUCGAGCGCUACAACUCCGGCCGAUUCGCGAGGAACGAGGCAGUGGACCAGGCAUACGCGCAGGCAGUUGGAAUGCAGAGCACGGCGGCUGUUGGAGGUCUCGGAGGUCACGACCACCUACCCUCCGCCUUUGGCAACGUCGGCGCUGUUGGCGGCCAAGAGCUGAACCAGCAGUCCCCGGGCAAUCUGUCCCAGGCUCAGCUGCAGGCUGUCGGUCAGGCACUUGCCGCGAGAUCGCGCGAUUCGAACAUGGCUACUGCAAAGGUUCAAGGCAACGGACAGACCGGGCCGCUCCACGUCGUCGUGGACGAGUCGUUUGGUGGCAUCGUCUUCCGCUGGGUCAAGUUUGUCCUUUGGUUCUGUCUCUUUACGUAUCUCAGCUUGGUUGUCGUCACGAUGCUGGUCGAGGGUCUGAACCUCUUCAAGCGACCCGGCGGCAAGGUCGACAGCGAAGCCAAGGCCGAGAACCAGACUACCCGAUUCGCAGACGUGCACGGCGCCGACGAGGCCAAGGACGAGCUCCAGGAGCUGGUGGACUUCCUGCGCAACCCGGACAAGUUCUCUACUCUCGGCGGAAAGCUCCCCAAGGGUAUUCUCAUGGUCGGACCCCCCGGUACUGGUAAAACUUUACUGGCCCGCGCCGUCGCAGGUGAGGCUGGCGUACCGUUCUUCUACAUGUCUGGCAGUGAGUUCGACGAGGUCUACGUUGGUGUUGGUGCCAAGCGUGUCCGCGAUCUCUUUGCAUCCGCCAAGUCCAAGUCUCCCGCCAUCAUCUUCAUCGACGAGCUCGACGCUAUCGGUGGACGCCGUAACACCAGGGAUGCCGCCUACCACAAGCAGACGCUCAACCAGCUGUUGACGGAAUUGGAUGGUUUCGAGCAGAACAGUGGUGUUGUCAUCAUCGCCGCGACCAACUUUCCGGAACUCCUUGACAAGGCCCUUACUCGACCGGGACGUUUCGACCGCCACGUUACUGUUCCCCUGCCCGAUGUCCGCGGCCGUAUCGAAAUCCUCAAGUACCACGCCAAGAAGAUCAAGGCUGCCCCUGAGAUCAACUUCGAGGCCAUUGCUUCCAGCACUGGAGGUCUCUCUGGCGCCGAGCUCGAGAACAUUGUGAACCAGGCUGCUGUUCGCGCUAGCAGACUCAAGGCUGCCGCUGUCAGCAUGACGGAUUUCGAGUGGGCCAAGGACAAGGUCAUCAUGGGUGCUGAACGCAAGAGCAUGGUCAUUGGCGAGAAGGAGAAGGAGAUGACGGCUUACCACGAGGCCGGCCACGCUCUUGUGUCCUUCUACCACGAGAGCGGCCCAAAUAAGCUCUACAAGGUUACGAUUUUGCCUCGAGGCCAAAGUCUUGGACACACCGCCCACCUCCCCGAGAUGGAUAAGUACUCGUACACGACAAGGGAUUUGAAGAGUCUCAUUGAGACUUCUCUGGGUGGAAAGCUUGCUGAGGAGCUGGUCUAUGGCACCGACAAGGUGACAACCGGUGUCUCCAGCGAUCUCAAGAACGCUACCAACCUGGCCUACCAGAUGGUCGCUCUCUAUGGCAUGUCUGCCAAGCUUGGCCCCGUGGAGUACGGCGAGCGUUACAACCAGCUCAGCGGAGAGACCAAGGCCCUCAUCGAGUCGGAGGUGCAGCGUACUCUGACUGAGUCGUACGAGAAGGUCCGCGAGCUGCUCACGAAGAAGCGCAAGGAGCUUGAUCUCCUCGCUAAGGCUCUUGUCGAGUACGAGACCUUGGACAAGAAUGAGGUGGAAAAGGUUAUCCGCGGCGAGAAGCUUCCUGGUCGUACACCUAUGCCCAAGGGCCCGAUGAAAGUGCCUGCGGGUGCCGCUGCCAACAUUGGCCAGACGAUGCCGCCGCCAUUCCCUCCCCCCCCUGGGGCUGGUGAAGGCACUGCCGCGCCGCCUCCCUCACCGCCACCACCUGCGUCUACGGAAGGCAUCGCUCCUGGAUCAAACCAGAAGUCAUGA